GAAUUUAGGUUCUCUGAUCUUUUUUAACCGCAUGUAAGCACAUUCUCGCCACCCAAAAAUAAAAAAAAUAAUUGUCAAGAUGCAUGGAAGUCAAACAUUUUGUAUCCUCAAAAUUGAGGACAUGUUUCUCCUUUGCAGAGAUCCGCAGAGCAAGGCUGCUGGCAAAUGUGUGGCAACCUGGAAUUUUCCCCCAGCACUUUUGAUUCGGCUUCAUAAAAAAUAUUGACACAAUGCGUUGAAAAGAAGGACAACGUAUUGUUCUUUAGACUGAUUUACCUCAUGAUUUGACAACUCGUGCACAAUUCAUCUGUGCUUUAGUCUGAUCAACUGUAGCCUAACCACAGCUGCAGGUAGCCUAGAGAAGCCUAUGCGCUCUGAUCCCCUCUGGCCAAGGGAAACGAAGUGGUAACGUCAUGUAUUUAUAGCCCAAGCUAUGUAUUUAUAGUCUAAAAUAGGCCCAUUUAUUUGUUUAACUUCGGGUGGCUAGGCUAGACCCAUUCUAUCCAAAAUGAUUGACUGGAAUUAAUCAACACAAUAGCGAAGACAUACUGUGGGAGUAACUCUAAUUACAGAUGCAAGCUCAGCCCUGUUUGUUAUAUUGUCUAAUCACAGUUUCUGUGUAAAUAAGUACUCGCUAGGGCCAGGAGUUUUUAAUAACAUCUGACCUGAUUUAGAACAAAUCUGGUCCCGUAACAGCCCAUAUCAAACCGUUUUAAGAGCUGAUUUUACUUUUUACUAUUUUUAUUUUUAACACCUUGCACUGCCACCAUUUUUGUAUUUUGUGGGCAUGGAUUAAAUUAAGUAUAUUAUUUUUUGCAAUUUGGCCUCCAUGGGUUAUUCCUUUUCAUGGUUUGUGUGCAAGUACCUUUUGAACUCUGUCAUACACUGGACUACAACUAGGGGCAAGAGUUUUACCUGGUUAGGUAAACCAUCCAGAUCAGGAAAACAAUCCCACCACCACCACUGGCUUUGGGACCUGUGGUGCCACCUCUGAAAUCACCAUACAAUGCUACAAAUGAGGAAACAUAUCCUUUGACCAUAAUCAAUCUCAACAUUUCGACUUAGUAUCUAGAAAUGUUUACUUGCAUAUCUCGUAAUUUCGAAUACAUAUCUCAAAAUGUUUACUUGCAACCAUGACAUUUCGAGUUAAUAUUGACAUAAAAAAUAUUUUAAGAAAUGGUGGCGGGAAUGGGCUUCCACAAUAGCUUGUGUCUGGCGCUUUUGUAACAACCUGCGGUUACAAAACUGGUAGUUAAAAACAUUCAGACCUUCUGUUAUGAAGAAGAGUCAUGACCCAUCCCCCCUGAGUAACCUCUUGAAAUUCCUCUAGUCCAGUGUUGAAGUGCGUUUGUCGGAGAUGGCGAUGGAGAAUUUCAAGCAGUUCCUGUUCGCGCUAUCGGCCGCUGUAUCCGUUGGUUUUGUGUCGAUAAUUUUUGUUUUGAGAUGGGUCUUCUACUUCAAGGAAGGUUUAGCAUGGGAUGGAGGAUUUGCGGAAUUCAAUUGGCACCCUGUUUUAAUCGUUACCGGGUUCAUUUUUAUGCAGGGAAUUGCCAUUGUGGUGUAUAGGUUGCCAUGGACCUGGAAGUGCAGCAAGUUAAUGAUGAAGUUUAUUCAUGCUGGCUUAAACAUAUUGGCCUUCAUUUUCGCAGUCAUAUCUCUGGUAGCAGUAUUUGACUUCCACAAUGCACAAAUCAUCCCCAACAUGUAUAGCCUGCACAGCUGGGUGGGGCUAGCAGCAGUGAUACUAUAUUCACUACAGCUUGUUCUGGGAGUGUGUAUAUACUUGAUACCCAUCACCCCGAUAUACCUGAGAGCAGCAUUUAUGCCCCUGCACGUCUACAGUGGCCUGUUCAUCUUUGCCAGUGUCAUAGCCACAGCACUCAUGGGCAUCACAGAGAAGCUCAUUUUUGGCCUGAAAUAUCCCAAGUACAAGGACUCUCCCCCAGAGGCCAACUUUGUGAAUGUGCUGGGAGUAUUGAUAGUCGUUUUUGGCGCAAUAAUUCUCUGGAUCGCUACUCGCCCCUCUUGGAAACGCCCCAGUGAGCAGGUCCUGCGCUCCCUGCCAACUUACAGGGAUGGGUCAGCUGGCACCAAAAUGGGCACUGCCCUGUCACAACAAACUGACCCGAUUGACCCCGAAGGCAAUGGAGAUGCCAGGAGAAGGAGUGGUAAAUUGGAGGACUCAGGACAGGUCAACUGAGUAACAUGAAAAUCAACUGCUGGUUCUGUCUGUUUGUUGAUGCUUUAAAAAGUUGCAUGGAUCCACUGUUCUGGCAGUCCCAAAGCAAAUGUAAACCUUUGUAUUAACUAUUGUUCCAAAUAGCACCUUGAGGAAUUGUUCCCAACCAUUCCAGAGUGUUGACCUUUAAUUAAGCAGUUUUUUAUUUUGUAAUUUUUUACAAAUAAAUUACACAGCUCAAUUUGAUAUCAUUGAAUAAUCAUUUGAUAAAGGAUUAAACUAGCCUAUUGAAGUAUAGAAAAAUAAUAAUCAAAUACAUAUUCUUUACAUUUGUAUAGCUUUUAUAACGAUUACAUACUGUAUUCUUCAGAGUUUUUAUUUUCAUUUAAGGGAGGAAUUACAGAAUCAACACAUCUUUAGGGAAGGGAUGUGAGAGGUGAAUCCAUUAUAAUACAAAUAUAUAAUGUAAUAUUACAUAUAGGCCUACCUAAAGGCAAUAAUAGGCAAACAAAGUUCCUCAUUACUUUGUUAAGUGGACUGUGUACCUGGGGUUUCAUACAGUGAUUAAUUCAUAAUUGCGGCAUAAAAUUAAAGCAUAUUUUACAAAUGA